GAAGGACGUGUACAUUAGCUCGAAGAGAAGCCUCGCCGCCUCACAGACAGUAGAUUCUGGCGGUGGCUUUUUUAUGGAGCCCGAAAGGAGUUCCCAGCCCGCGGUACCCGACCUCUAUGAGAAGUCUGAGGAGGAAGACGAAGGUGGUGUCGACAAUGACGGGGAAGUUGGAAGAAAGCGGCGGCGUCGCCGGCGGCAGCACAAGGGGGUCUUGGCGACAACGGUCGUCGGACCAGUGGACCCCGCUGCCCCCGUACCCGUGGUACCUGUUCCACCUGACGAGAGUCAAUCUGUCUGUGAUGAAUGCGGUAAAUCCUUCGCGGAAUCCUUCCUCUUAAACAACUUUGACUGCGAAGGCAUCCACUCACUGAUCACACGUACCUCUGCCAAAGAACGCUACCUCCUAAAUGAUGUAGACUUGGAUGUGAGAACUCCCGCUCUCCGGUGUAUUUUCAAACGAAAUCCACAUAAUGCCAUCUGGGGUGACAUGCGACUUUACUUGGAAGCUCAGGUGGCUGCUCGAUCACUGGAAAUUUGGGGAUCUGAGGAGGCGCUGGAGGCGGAACGCUCACGUCGCUUGGAUCAACGAGAAAAUCUCAAACAGAAAGCCUUUGAGAAGAAGCUG